AUGCAUGCAAUUCAUCUUUCCAACCCAACAGAACAGAUCAAGUGGUCUCAUCACUACGUACGCCUUGGUAUCUUCUUCUCAGUGGCCUUCCCGGGUGCUUCAGUGUACAUGCAUCCCUGGCUGGAUGUGAUUGAGGGAACAGCUCUGGGAUCCUUCUUCCUUCUUCUUUGCGACUACAUCUCUCCCAGUCAAGAGCAACGCGAGGUUUACUUCGCGACAAAACCGAAGCGCGGCAUCAGAUGGUUCAAGCUUCGAUGGCUUCAAAUUUUCCAGUUCCCCAUCAUUGCGCUGAUCCUAGCAAUCAUCACCAACGCCACUGCAGGAACAGGAGCUUUUUGCGAAUGGCGAAGAACUCCUGGAUCUCUCAAUUUCUGGAUCCGCUUGAUCGGGGCAAUUUCCCUGGUGAUGGUGAUGGUGGCUAUUCUUCAGGUUUAUGGCGCGACCAAGGUUGAUCUCGCCCGUCACCGCCCCCUUGCAAAGCUAUUUGCAUUUAAGGCAGUCGUUGGCUUGACAUUCCUUCAGACACUCAUCUUCUACGUCCUCACCAGUACGAACACGCUGAAGGAAACCGACACGCUCACUUUCGCCAAUGUGAAUAUCGGUAUUCCUAAUCUCAUUGUAUCCAUUGAGAUGAUCCCGCUCUCCAUCUUUUUUCUCGCCGCCUAUCCAUGGAGCGUCUAUCUCGUCGACAAUUCAAGUGGCAGGGCCUCGCCGGAUUCCCAGAAUUCUAUCCAUUACAACAAGCCCUACCAGGGCGGCCCUCUAGGGAUCUAUGCAUGGAUGUAUAUGCUCAGUCCUAUUGACGAGCUGAAGGCCGCUGUAUUUGCUGUACGGCAGUUCUUUACCCACCGAGUCCCUGGGCGAGGAAGCGACUCUCAUGAGAGCGAGCAUGUCCCUCUUGCAUACCAGGGACAGCGCAUGGGCCCCUGA